AUCAACAUUGACGUCUGAAAGGAUACGUCAACGUCAAUAGUCUGAAUCAGUCUGAAUUUUCUCUGUUUCUUUAAGGUUCGACGACGUUCAUUAAGAGAAUUGUUAUCCAUCGAAUGCGUAUCGUAUAAGGAGACGACAUGUCAUUGAACACAGCACACACCAACGGUGGAGUUCUUCUCCAUUCUGGCGAAUGCAUCAUACUCUUCUGCGACAAUGUCAAUAUGGAAUUUCAUGGACAAGAGCAGGUGGAAUUUAUUGGGAAGAAACAUGGUAGAUUGUAUUUAACAACGCACAGAAUGAUUUUCAACGCUAAAGAUCAAAAGGAGAAAAUGCAGUCGUUUAGCUUUCCAUUUGUCACAUUGAGUGAAGUUGGAUUGGAACAGCCAGUGUUUGGCGCUAAUUAUAUAGGGGGCAAGUGCCGCGCCCAGCCGAAUGGCAACUGGAUUGGAGAAUGCAAAUUUAAAUUAAGAUUCAAAAGCGGCGGAGCAGUGGAAUUUGCGCAAGCUUUGCUGAGAGCUGCAGCCAUGGCUCAGCGCAAUGGUCCACGAAAUGAUGCACCACCACCAUAUACACCUCCAAUGUCUGAUUGGUACCCAGCGCAACCAUCAGCUUAUCAACCUCCACCAACUGGAUAUUACGGAUGGAUGCCUCCUACCAAUAUAUUUCCAGAUGUUCCACCAGGGAAUACAGUUUUCAUGACGGAUAGUCCACCGCCAUAUCCCGGCAUACAGUCAGGAUACGGAUACGCGAGUGGACCACCACAUCAAGCAGGAGCCGGAAGUGCAGCGGGACAACCAGGGACUCCUGGAUGGGCUAAUCCAAAUUACAAUGGCCAGCCGAUGUCUCAAGCAGGUGCGUAUCCUGGCGGUUACGGACAACCGCCUUAUAGCGGUUAUUCGUCUAAUCCACCACCGUACUCGGCGUAUCCGCAAACUGGGUAUACACAGCCAGGACCUUAUCAGCAGUCUUACAAUCCAUACCCACCUCAAUACUAAUAAAUAUUGUAAUAUAUAUAUGUGUAUCUGUAAAUUAUGUGCCUAUAUAUUUUAUCAACUUAUAAGUUAUGAAAGAUAUAAUAUUAUAAACGCUUCAGAGAUUCUAAAGAAGUAAUGUCGAAAAUCUAUCGACAAUGAACGAUAUAUUUUCCAAUAUAUUAUUCCAAUAUAUAUUUCGUGUACGAGUGCAUACUGUAUUCGAGAUAUUUAUGAAAGAACGCGUAGAUAUUCUUCGGAAACAGUAUAUAUAUUUUUGAGAGAGGCAUUUUUCUUUCUUUUUUUCCCAAAUAGCCUGCAUAAUACAUAUUUUUUUAUAAUUGCAUAUUGAAUGCAACAAAGAAUUAUAAUUAUGCGUGUUAAUUCUAUGAGAGAUUAUAUACUAAACGUUAUAUAGAUAUACUCUAUUUUAACACACACACAACAAACACACGCACGCGCAUAAUACAAUACAAUAUAAUACAAUACAAUACAAUACGUACAAUAUAAUAUGAUAUAAUAUAACAUAAUAUUAAAUGUUGCUUAAAGA